GAAAGCAAGCGAGGGAGCUAGGUGGACACAGGAAGGAGGUUGACGCGAUUUCCGCAGGCUCAAACCGGGGAAAGUUGUUUCCUGAAGUUGGCGCUGUACUAGAGCUCAUUUCCACACAAAGUCUGGCGAUUAUUUAAAAAAUGCCCUGCGCAAGGUCAUCGUCCGUCUGGUUUUGGUCGUGACAUUUUUUUAGCUUCUGAUGGAGGUUUCUGGCGAAAGAAGGAUGAGCUCAAAGACAGAAGACAAAGAAGCCAUCUUUCAGGCCCAACUGGCGGAGUGUCAAGCGCAGGUUGAACACUGGCAGGGUGUGGCGACCAUCUGUGAACUGAGCAAACGGGAGGAACUGGUGGAGCUGCAAAAACAAUGUGAUCAAGAGAUUCAGUCGCUUCAAGAGGCUCUCAGGGAGACAGCAGCACAAUACGAGUCCCGGAUAGCUUCUCUACUCGAGGGGAGGAGAGCAAGUAUUCAGAAACAGGGGAGUGGAAAGAAGGACAAAGUGGAUGCAGAGGUCUCUUGUAAAAACUCCCAGACAUCACCAGACAAUUUAGACUGCCAACACAGCGAGCCUGAACUUGCACCAGAAGGAGAAUCGCCUCCUACCAAUACCGAAGGAUAUUUUUCACUACGGAACUGCGACUCUGCUUCGUUAUCCUCGUUCUCAAUAGAUACACCCUCCCUACCUAGAAAGCUCAAUGCUCAGGAAGACACAGACUCUCUGGUCUCAACAGGAACUUUGGUGCCAGAAGCCAUCUACCUGCCACCAGCCGGCCACAGGCUGGUCACCCACAGUGACUGGGAUGCACUCAAUGCUCAGGUAUCGGAUUUGAGAGAAGAGGUGAGUCGACUCACGGAAGUGAAGGAGGAACUGGAGAGAGAACUGGACACGCAGACAAACCACACACACAAACAGGUAUCAGUGCUCCAGUCUCAGGUCCAAUCAUCCGAGGCCCUUCUUCAGGAAUUACAAAAAUCCCUAAGCCAGUCACAGACUGCAGUCCAGGGUCGACUGUCAGAGCUGUCCCUGUCCCAGAGAAAAGUGUGCAGUGAGCUGUCCAGGCUGAAAGGAGAGACUGUUGAGGAUGAGGUAAUAGGCUCAACUUCUUCGCUCCCACCGUUGCUGCAGCAGGCAGCCCAUUGUGAGGAACGCCUCCGUAUUGAAAUUGUCAACCUGAGGGAGCAGCUUGACAUCCGGGCAGAGGAGAAUGAAGUUCUCGAAGUGCAGUUUUCCAGUUUGAAAACGGAGACAGACAGGAUCCAGGCCCAGAAGGACCAGUUUCAGGCCGACCUCAUGGCCUGCCGCACUGAACUCGAGGCCAUGCGGGUGGCGCUCUCGCAUGUGCAAGGAAACAACAAAAUGCUCAACAGUGAUAAUGAGGCCUUGCAUCAGCAGUGUCUGGAGCUGCGCAGCCAAGUGAUUAGCUUGCGCUCUCAGGUCGACACCAGCCAGACUGUCCAGAGAGAUUUUGUUCAGCUCUCCCAGUCACUCCAGGUGAAACUGGAGUUAAUUCGCCAAGCAGAAUCUUUUGAACAAAUCAGGGAGAUCCUGGAUGAGGGAAUCAGUGAAGCCGAUUCCUCGCUUGCCGACUCCUUCUGAGUCUGCUAUCGCAAGUGUAAAGCACUGACCGGGCCAAAUGAUGGACCAAUGAAGCUCAAGUAAGAACAACGAUGUGAAACAACCACUGUUUUAAGUGACCAAGAGAAUGACACACAUCAUUUACUGACCAAAGUGAAAAUGCAGUCUGGCUGGCACUAAACCAAGUUCUCUCGGGAUGGGGAAAACUUUCAGAGGUUUAGGCGCUUUGUUUUCACAUUUAUAAUUCUGUAUGAAGAAUGUUAACAUAAGUAAUAAUUCCUUCUCAAGUAAUGCAUCAAAGGGUUUUGACACUAAACAUUAAGAGACAUUAGUGCUCUUUGUCAAACUUUUGUCUGUGACAAUUGAACCCUGAGGUGGCACCUCAGCAGUGUUAGAAAGCUAAUGUAUCUUUAAUGUCAAAACAAGGAGCAACCCUGUGAAUGGUGCAUUACCAUUGAACAUUAUUAACUAAGGCUAGGUUCACACUACAGGUCUUAAUGCACGAAUCCGAUUUUUUCGUGUUUUUCUAACUCGAGUCAGGCAUUACCCUGACGGUCUGAACGGGACAAGUCGGACAGAAGUGGACCCUUUCAAAUCCGAUCUGAGUCACUUUCGUAUAUGGUUCAAAUCCGAUCUGGGCCACAUUUUUUCAGAACGUGACUGGCGGUCUGAACUGUCAUGACUCCCAAAUCGGAAUUCAUGCAGCAAUUAUGUCAGCAAAGAGCAAUUGGCAUAGAGGACGGCAGCCAUGUAGGCAUUAGCGCCUAGCCUGAACUCUGCUUUUAAGCAAAAAACGUGCUUGACCACAGUCAUAAAAAAAUAAAAUGAAGAAAAGGAUAAGCCUUACAAUUUUCGAUUUUCCUUCUGUGCGCCGAAUGAGCAAUAUUUCAUUAUUGUACACAUGGCCGAGUCAGGGCAAACUGAUGCACCCACGUCAUUUCACGCACACACAUCAAUGCUCGUGUAUGCGUGUAUGCGUUCUAUCAGUCCAUAUAAACUUUGAAUAUAAGACUAAACGGGGAUUAUUAAUGUCUGUUAUUUGUGUCCUCUUUUUGGAAAUCAAAUAUGAUUGCUCUGGAAUCACAUACAGCUAGCAUGUGUAAUUUGUUUUGAUGCUUCUGCGCAUGCGGGUCUCUUUACUGAGCGCAUCUCGGACUGCGAAUUAAUGCGCAUGCGUGAUACUUCAACGGUCUCAAUGGACAAAGGCAGUCUGAACUGGCACGCCAAAAAAACAGAUAUGGCAAAAAAUUGGAUUUGUACAUUAAGACCUGUAGUAGGAACUUAGCCUAAUCGUUUAAAGAGGCGAAGUAUAUUGUGUGACUAGUUUUAUCUACUAUAGAACUACAUAUCUACAUCCAAUGAAACCAUUCCAUUGAUCUGUGAAAUCGCUUACGCAUUUUUAUUAAAUGGCAUAUUACCCAAAAGGGGUUUGGAAUUUAAAAAAAAUCACCCUUAUAUGUGUAAAUAUUUUGUAACAUCUGUCCGGGUUCUUUGGAAACAGGAUACAACAAUGCAAUAACGGUUCAAGAAGUGAUGCAAUACUUUUUGAAGUGUAACUCAUUUGCUCUAUGAUAAGCUCAUUUGUGUUGUAGUUUAUCACUGUUAACUGCACUCCUUCCGACCAAAAUGUUUAUUUUCACUAAUUAAUUGUCAUAACAUAUGCUUACUUAUUGAAUGUUCUUGAAUGACACAUCUUGAAUGAUACAUAUCAUUUUUGUUUUCCUGAACACUAUUUGAAGAAAGAAAUUAGAAAAUAUUGUCAGUGACCAGCAAUAAACAUUCCUCAUGAACUUGUAUAUUGUGUACUUUUAU